AUGAAUGAAUUCCCAGCGACUUAUCUCAACUUCAAUCAGGACUUCACAUGCGUUGCACUUGGUUUGAAAACAGGGUACAAGAUUGUCAAUGUGGAGCAAAAAUUUGGUCGAUGUUGUUCUUAUAAGGAUGACUGUAUCAAUAUAAUAGAGAUGCUAUACACCACUUCGUUGAUAGCAAUAACCCCAUUAGGAAACGAAAUUGGAUCUUCACCUAGAGAAUUAAAGAUUAAAAAUACAAAAACCAAUAGUACCAUAUGUUCAUUGUUUUUCCCAACUUCAAUACUAAACAUUAAAUUGACUAAUGAGUAUCUCAUUGUGGUUUUGGAAUCGCAACUAUACAUUUAUGAAAUCAAAACGAUGAAAUUGCUACAAACGGUAAAGACAAAUUCCAACCCAUUGGGGUUAUGCACAGUGUCUUAUGACGCAAACAAUUGCUUACUAGCAUACCCUUCUCCACCUAGUGCUACAGAAACACUUUCAAAUCUUCAUAAUAGUCAUCAAAACAAGUCCAAUGCAAACAAAUCUACAACAAAUGCCGUUUCAAACAAGGGAGAUUUAAUUAUCUUCAAUAUAAACAAGUUUCUUCCAAUCAUGGCAAUAAGUGCCCACAAGAAUGAUAUUGCUGCCAUGAGUUUCUCAAGUGAUGGACUGCUUAUAGCUACUGCAUCUGAUAAAGGUACAAUUGUACGAGUCUUUGACACAAACACAGGCGUUAAAUUGUUUCAAUUUCGAAGAGGGUCUUAUCCCACAAAAAUUUAUUCAUUACUGUUUAGCAACGAUAACAAAUAUGUCCUAGCCACAAGCUCUAGCUUAACAGUACACAUUUUCAGAUUGGGUGAAGAAGAAGCUUUGGAAAAUAAACAGAAAAAGAAGAUCAAAACUAUCGAAGAAGAACCCGAGACUGGACGAGACGGUGAAGAAGACGAUUCCGAUGACAUGGAUGACAACAUGGAAGUGGAUGAUGAAGAUGAAGGAGAAGCAGAAAUACCCACAAAACAAAGAAAACUCUCUCAAAGCUCAUCCAAUUCGUUCAAUAGUGUCAACUCUGAAGAUACCAGUGCUCCCGUUGUUGAUCAAAAUAGGCUUUCGGUUGCUCGAUUGAUUAGGCGAUCGUCACAAACUUUGGGCCGCAAAGCUGCACAAAAAAUGGGUGAUUAUUUGCCAUCUAGAUUUUCCUCGAUAUUGGAACCCACUAGACACUUUGCUUCCAUCAAAAUUGAUGCUAAAAACAAGGAUUUAAAGUCAAUUGCAAUGAUAAAUAAUAUGAGCACAGCACAAGAAUCUCUCUCGGUAAACCAAGGGGAAGGUAACACCUCGGAUCAUCUUUUGCAUGUCAAUGUUGUCACCUCAGAGGGGAUCUUGUACAUGUAUGGAUUAGAUCAGGAGCGAGGAGGUGAUUGUAUAUUACUUAACCAAUAUAACUUGUUAGACGAGUAG